UCCCCGAUGGCAGCAGCACUUUCACCCUAACCUCCUCAACCCACAAAAUACGAUUAGCUUUCGUUUAACACCCUCUAACAUGUCUACCCACCCAGAAAUGCCACCCGUCAUGUCCUUGUAUCAUAUAGUGAAUAGCUGUGAUACAGAGCUUGGAGCUAUCCACCCUUUGCACCCUGAAGAGGUGACCAGAGAGAAGCUGAAGGCUGCGUGCAGGAAAGCCCAGCACGAGAUGUCGACUGUAGCUGACUACUUGCCGUUCGCCAAGUUCUACCAAAACUACCCCUUUUUACGCUCAUAUCUACCCGAGUUCAUGAAGAAGGUCCCGCUCAUACUGGAGUGCCAGGUCAAAUGCUCAUGCACCGUCAGAAGCUGCAAGAAGAGCCAUCGGCGCAUAUGGAAGAGCAACAUCGAAGAGCUGAAGGCGUGUGGCCUGCUAUCCUCGGUGAGCGAACUUCGCGUAAUCCUGUAUAACGACUCUCCAAAGGAUCUCCAUCUCGACGAGGCUAUCCAGGAGCUUGGUAUUCCCCGUGGCGCGAUCGCCACCACAAAGCUUAUCAAGUUCCUGGGACAUGGUCUCUUUCUUGCAGGUGAUGAUCAGAGUCAAGAGGACGCAAAAAAGGAGGCGGCUCGUACUAUCCAGAUUAUCCUCGGACACUGCCCCCAUGUCGAGGAACUAUGGUACGAUACAUAUCGAGCCCGGGGCUCAAGCGGGGAGCUCCUUCGGGACCAGCCUGGUGUCGGAACAGAAAUAAUGACGACGCUUCGCAGUGUGCUCCACUCGCGCCUAACAAUGAUGCAGGUCGCGCGGCCGUUCGCAACCUAUACUGCCCAGCCAUUCUCGCCAAAUCUCCGGUAUCUCGUGCUAGACCUGAAGCUCGUCCCGGAGCUUGGGCACUUACCGCCUAUCCCCACAGACAACAUGAACCAUCUUGAACUAACCACAAUCUCGAGCAGCAUCAACUGGGACCUGUUCAAGACUAGGGCAGACGGAAGGGUGCAUUUCCCAAACCUCAAGACGCUCGUGAUGCGGUUUAAAGAGCCUGAGAAAGGUCUCAUACAGUCCUCGCUUGACAUGUCUAAAGUUGUGAUACCAGCAACCGUUGGUGUCAUUGUGUAUGGGAUAAACAACGGUAAACGUGCCGUCUGGGAAUACUUCAAGAAAGGAUGCCGCCAACUGACACUUUUUGAAUGCCCAUCAGCAUUUAAAGAUAUUGAUGUGUAUAACCUCCAGUGCUCUGAACAUUUCCAGCUUAGGCUAAUCCCAGAGGAAGGCGAUUCUAGUAAGCCUCUCCCAUUUGCAGGGUUGAGGCAUUUCUUUGGCCACAGAAACUAUGUAAUCCGCAAGAUGGAAGUGAUUGGCAUUGAGCUCAUAGUACCGCCGACUGUAAAUUUGCAUAUCGUGGAAGACCUUCAUUUAUCUCUAGGAAUCGCAGACAGCAACACCAUUCUCAAUCUGGCACACAGGCUGACGAGACUCAGGAUUCUGCGCAUCCGCUGCUUCUCCAUGUACCGCAAAGAUUUGAAUAAUCCUGGGCGCGGGGUUCACUUUGCCAACGAAGCCCACGAGCUGGAUAUCAUUGCUGAAUAUGCAAGCGAUAUCCCAAUGAAAGCCAGCAAGAAUAUGCACUGCUUGCACUUGUACUCACACAUGGCGAUUGACCCAAACAGGUUCAUCGAACUAAUGGCUCGGUUCCCGAACUUGGCCGAGAUACAAGUUAAUGGUGAGAUAGUUGACACCUGCCUGUACAGACAACACCUGCGAACAAGCAAAUACAGAAGUGGCGCAUUGGCUACAAGCAAGCAUGCGGAGUGCUGCAAAGCGGCCUUUGCUAUCAGGGUCGCUGUUAUGUGACCGGUUAUGCAUGACAUAAUCAACCACACUUCCUGGAUCACCAGCGUGCAUCACAUUGCCCACUGAAUCUUGUACCAUACCAGCAGCUCAGGGUUGACUGAAUAUGGCUAUAUUGCGACACACCAACACACAGGAACAGCUCUCUAGAACAAAACUUGUCACACAGGU